AUGAUCAUGAGCUCUUAUUUGAUGGACUCGAGCUACAUCGACCCGAAAUUCCCCCCGUGCGAGGAGUACUCGCAGAGCGAUUACAUCCCCGAGCACGGCACCUUCUUCCCGCAGCACCCCGAGGUGUUCGGGGCGUUCGGGGACUGCGGGGCGCUCCGCAGGGCGCUCUGCGAGCCGGGUCCGGCCGCGUGCGCCGAGCCCAAAGCGCCCGUGGUUUAUCCGUGGAUGAAGAAAAUCCACGUCAGCACCGUUAACCCCUCGUUCCCCGGGGCCGAGCCCAAGCGCUCCCGCACGGCGUACACGCGGCAGCAGGUGCUGGAGCUGGAGAAGGAAUUCCACUACAACCGCUACCUGACGAGGCGGAGGCGGAUCGAGAUCGCGCACGCCCUGAGCCUCUCGGAGCGCCAGAUCAAGAUCUGGUUCCAGAACCGCCGCAUGAAGUGGAAGAAGGAUCACAAAUUACCCAACACCAAGAGCCGCGCGGCGGCCGCGCCCGCGGAGCCCCCGGAGCCCGCGGAGCCGCCGCGGCCACAGCGCGACCCCGAGAGCGAAGCGCAGAGCAUCACACGGCUGUGA